AUGGAAAAUAAACUGACUGAAAACAAAGAAUUAAGAGAAAAGAUUAUCAAUUAUUUAGAAAAGGUAGAAAAAAAUCAACUUGUCCGAAAGUUAGGAGCCAAAACUAAAAGUUUGUUACUGGCUGCUAAACAAGAAUACGAUGAAGUAAAUAAGGUUCAAAAAGACUAUCAAGAAUUGAUUUUAGAAUUAAAUGAGGAAGAAAAAAAAGAGCUCUUUACCGAAAUUAAAAGUUUAGAGUUAAAAAAAACCAAAAUAAUUGAAAAAAUUAAAGAAAAAAUAAUUGAAGAAGAAAAUAUUAGCCAAAAUAUCACUGUGGAAAUCCGACCCGGACCAGGAGGAGAAGAGGCUGGUUUAUUUGUAAACGACUUAUAUGAAAGCAGAGUAGGUUAUAAAGGUAAUUUUUCGUCGGUUUCUUUCUUAAUCAAGGGCAAGGGGGUUUUUAACUGUUUAAAAAAUGAAGCAGGGGUACACCGCGUUCAAAGAGUUCCGCUCACUGCCAAAAGGGGAGAAAUACAUACCUCUACUGCUACCGUAGUGAUUUUGCCAGAACCCCAAGAAAUCGCCGUCAAACUUAAUCCCCAAAAUUUAAAAAUUGAUACUUAUCGUUCGAGCGGAGCCGGCGGUCAACACGUUAACACCACUGAUUCAGCGGUAAGGUUAACUUAUACUUAUUCCACUAAUGGUAAAAUUGAAACUGUUAUAGCUACUUCCCAAGAUGGACGAAGCCAGCAUGAUAACCGCGAAAAAGCUUUGACGGUUCUGAAAAGUCGUUUAUGGGAAAAAUUACAAUCCGAACAGGAAAAAAAAUUAGGCAACUUACGUUCCUCCAUGAUUGGCACGGCUGAACGUUCCGAAAACUUUCGCACUUACAACUUUCCGGAUGACCGAGUGACAGACAAGCGGCUGAAAAUAAAAUUACAUAACCUCGAUAGUAUCAUGGAAGGAGAUUUAGAGGAAAUCUGUCAAAAAUCAAUUGAUUACGAACAAAGUGAAAAUGAAGCACCGAAAUAUAAAGCGGAGGAGGAAUUUUUUGAACUUUUACCUGAGGAGGUUUUGCCACCAGAGAAGCCCAAAGAGGAAAACGAUUUAAGAAAACUUGAGGACAAAAAAAUUGAAGAAGAAAUUAAUAAAUUUUUAAAACAUUUUUAUCACAAUUUUCUUGAAAAAGGAACAAACAAGUACAAAGAAAGAUUAAAAAGAGAAAUUAAAGUAAUUAGACCAAAAAAAGUUGAUGGGCGCGUUACUAAUGAAGCAACUUUAAAUAGCGACAUCAAAAAAUGCAAAGAAAUCUUUCCGGAAACAAGAGAAGCGGGAAUUGAUUUUGAGGGUUUUGCUGGUUGGUUAACUGAAAGUGAAAAGGGAGAAAAAGAAAAUAGUGAUAAAGUUACUAUGGGUCGGUGUGAUACCGAAGGAAAUAGUAUAGUACAACGGCUAAGAAUUACCAAAGAUGCGAAAACAGGAGGACAUAAUCAACUUAGGAUUGGUAAAUCUGCUAGACUUGAUGAGGGAGGACAUGGAAACUUGCACGAUGAAUUUACUGAAGAGAUCGACAAGAUGAUAAAAAAAGAACAUGCUUUUUCUACAGAUUUUCGUGAUUAUAUGGAAAGUUUUUAA